ACCAAUGCAAUGUUCGUGAAAAGUUUUAAACUUGUAAUAGCUAAGUUUUAAUUAGUUAAUCGAGUGUUCUACUUUAAUUUAAACAAAUCUCAAUUAGUUUACUUCACGUCAAAAGCAAUAUUCAUAUUGAAUGGUAUUCAAGCUAACGCCUUACACGUUUGGGCGAUGUAGGCGCGAACGGCAGGUGUUGAGUUACUAAACUCGUUGUAUGUGCGGUUUUUUCAUAUAAGUUGAACAUUAUUAGAUUUUUGGGAAGUUUAGCUAGCUAUGGCGGCAAUAACACCCCGUCGUUCUACACGUAUUCCCCAUAUACACACGCCGAAAAUGUCCGAAAUAAAGAAGGGUCUGUUCGUACGUGAAGAAGCUCUAACAAUGCAUAGGAAAUUACCAGUUGUUGAUAGCGAAAGUGACAAUGAUGAUUGUGAUCUAGGGAUCAUCUGCGCGCUUGACACGAGUUCCUGCGAUGAAAAUGACCUGACUAAUACUCCGGAGAGGAAUGCAAAACAUGUCAUAAAAGGUAACACAAUGAAGAUCAAAGAAACUAAAGACCUGAAAAAUUUCAUGAAAUCACCAUUUACUCUUAAAAAAUACCAAAAUAGGUAUUGUCCAGAACCCAGAUGCUCUUCAUCAACACCAGCUACCCCACACUUCCAGCACCAUCCUGGUACUCCUUCAUCCACCCAUUCAUGUGCAAGUGCACACACAACAUCAUCAACACCAAGUCGUGCACGGAAAAGCCUUGCAAGUUUAAUUGCAGAAACAGAAAGUUGCAGUAGCUCCCUAAAAGAUCUUAAUUUUGAUACAGACUCUAGUUCUGAUUCAAAAGAAAACACUCCCACCAAAUCUCUUCGAUGUUCUACAAGGAGGCAGAACGGUGCUCAUAAAUAUCAAAGCUUCAAAGGUAUCCUGUCGGAGAAUAACACAUCUCCAAUGAAAACUGCUGUUGUGUGCUUAACUAAAAUAGAUUUUAGUAAUUUGAUGUCACCUACACACAUGUUGAAAACACCUCACUCUACAACUGUGGUGAAAGCAUCUCCGCCGAAAAUAGGACAGAGCCGUAGAUCAGCCAUUGAAAUAACUGAAAGUCCUGAGUCAAUUUGUGACAGUGAAAAGAGUCAUAAACGACUACAUUAUGAUGAUAAGAAUGAGAGUGGCCCUAUUUCUAAGUAUCCUAGAUUAGAUCCCACUACAGCACCUAAGGCCCGUCUAUCCCUUUUCAAUAGUGAGAGGCUUAAAGAAAUUCUCUCAGCAAAGUCUUUCUAUGGAAAAUCAAAUCCAGAAUUAAAUACCAACAUUACAAAUAAAUUUUCUCAUGCAAUACAAGCAUCUAAUGUUCACAAAAACAGAGUCUCACACUCUCAUAGACGGAAAAGAAGACCUGGCCAAAUUAAUAUGGGAGUACGACAUAAGAUUAAAAAGCCCAAAAUUAAUAGAAGUAAGACAGUGGGAGUUAAAAGAAGCUUAAACAACUCAUUGAAUCAGAGCCAGACAUCAUUCUCAACUCAAGCUGACAAAAAUGACUCUUUGAUAAGUCAGAACACAUCACAAGAAAUGGAGCAGGAUAAAACAGAUCCAUUUGGAAAAGAGAAACUAACUGUAGAAGCUCUGCUACUCCAGUGGACAGAGGAUGAAGAACCUGAAAUUGAAGUACAGAAGAGACCAGAUGUGCCAUGCUUUGACAAAGCGGUUAUUGAUGAAACCAGUUCUAUAUUCCAACCUAUCACAGCUGUGCCUGUACAAAGUUCUUUGCCCCUAGAGUCAGACACAGUAAUUGUGGAAAUUGGAACAGCAAAAUCUCCUAAUCUGACUGAAGUGACACAGUCAAAUUCAAAUGAUGGGGAAACACCACAAGUUCCAGUUACUCCAAAAGCUGAAGAGGUAAUGGAUAUUGAAGGUCAUGUAGACAGUCAUGGAGAGCUACCCAAAGGAGAUUUCUUGCCUGUUCAUGGAGGGUAUAUAGUUGUAGAUGGAACUGUUGUGCAUGGUCAAACAGAAAUACCAGACUUGGAUGAAAUUGAAAGAGAGUUGAGAAUGUUAGAUGAGCAAAUACUGAAGAUGGCUGAAUCCAACAACAUCAAUGGUGAGGCUGUGAUUGCCUCCACUGAAAGUGUACCUUUGCCGGAAACAUCUGCAGUGACCUCGGAGAGCAGUCCAGAUAAAGGCAAGCUGUUCCCAAUAUUCAGCAAGCCGAACCCUGGAUUGACAACACCCACAUCUAAAGAUUCAGUAGAUAAAUGUAAGAAGAAAAUUCUACUUAAAAGUGGCCAUGACCAGUAUCAGAUUGAUGCCGGACAGAAGAAAUUCGGUGCUACUGAGUGUGGCGAGUGUGGUGUUAUCUAUCAUAUCGGUGACCCGGAAGAUGAACACGCACAUUUCAUCCAUCAUAACGCCACUGACGUUCUCAAAUUUACCGGUCUGAAGGAUGAGUACAUUGUGGAUAAGUCUGGUACAGCUCGUUGCAUCCGUGUGCGAGGGGGUGAAAAUGGCUGGAGACGAGUGGAGACGCUGUUAGACAGAGUGUUGCAUCCACAACUCGGCUAUCCUGGACCCCUGCCCAACCAACCACAUACCUACACAGCAUACUUAUACAUUGAGAAGAAAGAAAUAAUAGGGUGUCUGAUCAUGGAACCCAAAACUAAAGCUAACAAGUUACUGCCUGGGUCUCCCGAUUGCUGCAGUGUCGAGACCUAUCCUGUUAAAUGCGGAGUCAGUCGCAUAUGGACGCACCCCUCGUACCGCGGGCGCGGCGUCGCCUCUCGCAUGUUGGACUGCGCACGCGCAUCGUUCCUGUACGGCGCGGCCGUGAGCCGCCAACACGUGGCCAUGUCCGCGCCCACUCCGGCAGGUAAAGCACUAGCCACCAAAUAUUUCGGCACCGAGAACUUUUAUGUAUAUUUAGAUUGAACAUUAGUGAAGUGUAACGAUGAACAAGUGAAGUGUAACAAAAAGCAAGUAAAGUGUAAGCUAACAAGUUUGGAAUCGUUUCGUUUCUCUUAAUAAUAUUAAUCACCUUAAUUCUUGUGUAAUAUUACACAUAUUAAUUCACACUACUCGAAUUUUAAAUGUCCAUAUUUGCUGCAUUUUAUUAUUAUGAACCGAUUUUAACCGAUCUAUCGGAACAUUUAUUUUCAAUUUUACCAACAUUUACUCAACUAAAAUCACUGAAUGUGAAUCUGUUGUUAGCAUUUUUGUUUAUAAAGUAUA